AUGACUUCUCAUCCUGAUUUCGGCCAUGCCACCAAGGCCAGCGAGGUAGCAGACACAUUCGCAAGCCAAAUCAAAGGCCGCGUUGUCGUCGUCACCGGCGUCUCCCGCGGCGGCCUCGGCGGGGCGACGGCCCUCGCCUUCGCGCGGCAGAACCCAUCCCUCCUCAUCCUCGUGUCGCGCACGCAGUCCAAGCUCGACGACGUGAUAUCCGACAUCCGCGCGGCCAACCCGUCGCUGCCCGCGGCGGCCGUCACGUCGGUGCUCGUCGACCUCACGUCGCAGGCGACGGUGCGGCGGGCGGCGGCGGACAUCAAGGCGCUGACCACGCGCAUCGACGUGCUCGUCAACAACGCCGGCUUCUUCCUCGAGCAGCGCACCUACUCGCCCGAGGGCAUCGAGAGCCAGCUCGCCGGCAACCACAUCGGCCCGUUCCUGCUGACCAACCUGCUGCGGGACGAGCUCGUCGCCGCGGCCGCGGCGGAUGGGAAGAAGGAAGCGGGCGCGACGCGCGUGGUCAGCCUCACCAGCGAGGGCCACCGCGUCCAGCCGUUCCGGUUCCACGACCACAACAUCGAGGGCAAGCCCGUGCCGGCCGAAGAGGAGAUGCGGCCGAUGCCGGACGCCAUGCCCAAGGCGCUGGUCGAGCCGCGCGACGGCUACGUGGGGUUCUCCGCGUACGGGCAGAGCAAGACGGCGAACGUGCUGUUCACGGUGGGGCUGAACGAGCGCGUGUUGAAGGGGACCGGGGUGGUGGCGUACGUGGUGCAUCCGGGGACCAUCUUCACCGAGGUCGGCAGGAGCGUGGAGUCCCAAGACGCGCUGGAUAGCUUCUUGGGUGCGCUCAACCCCAAGGCGAGCACCGAUGAGGGUGCGGCCACGACCAUGGUUGCCGCGCUGGAUCCUGCGCUGAAGGAUGUCAAGAGCGCCAGCAGCAUCUACCUCGAUGACUGCCAGCUCAAGGAUGCGGAACCCUAUGCGGUUGAUGUGGAGAUUGCGGACAGGCUUUGGAAGUUUAGCGAGGAGUUGGUGAAGCAGACUUUCUGA